GUCUCUUCAUUUCCAUUUCACCACAUCAAACUUAUCAUAUUUUCAACUCCAUCAAUAGGGUUCUUAGAAAUGAUCAGAGGAGACGAUUCUCGCCGGAAGUUUCAGAAGCACCUCUCCGGUGACAAACUGCUACACUUCUUGAAUGGACCGCAUCGAUCAUCUGUUAUCAUAUACAUCGCCGUCGUGUUCCUCGUUGGCAUGUUUCUCUCCGGCCGACUCCUCAGCCUCUUACUUGGAUUGAAAUCCAAUCUUCUCAAUCAACAACCAGAAGGACAAACAAAACAAGAUCCAGAUCGUCCAACGUCCGCCACGUGUCCAGAGUACUUCCGUUGGAUUCACGGAGACCUACGACCGUGGGCGGGAAGAGGAAUAACGAAGACGAUGUUGGAAGAGGCCCAAAAGAAGGCCCAUUUCAGGCUGGUGGUCGUGGAGGGAAAAGCUUACAUGGAGGCGUACGGAAAGGCAUAUCAAAGCAGAGACAAUAUUACGUUGUGGGGAGUUGUACAGUUGUUACGUAGGUACCCAGGGAAACUGCCGGAUCUUGAUCUGAUGUUUAACUGUGAUGACCGGCCAGAGAUCUAUCAAAAGGAUUACACUGGCCCCGAGAAGCCGUCCCCACCUCCUUUGUUUGGCUACAGUGGAGAUGAUGCCACGUACGACAUUGUGUUUCCUGAUUGGUCCUUCUGGGGAUGGCCUGAAAUCAACAUAAAGCCAUGGGAAAGCAUAUUGAAAGAUAUAAAAGAGGGUAAGAAGAAAACGGAGUGGAUGAAGAGGGAACCAUAUGCUUAUUGGAAGGGAAAUCCAUCGGUGGCUUACACAAGGAGAGACCUUUUAAAGUGCAAUGUCACCCACAAACAAGAUUGGAAUGCUCGUUUAUAUAGACAAAAUUGGGAUAAAGAGUCCAAAGCAGGGUUCAAAGACUCGAACUUGGCCAAUCAAUGUGUUUAUAGGUAUAAAAUAUAUAUUGAAGGAAAGGCAUGGUCAGUAAGUGAAAAAUACAUUCUAGCAUGUGAUUCUGUAAGCCUAAUUGUGAGGCCUCGUUAUUAUGAUUUCUUUACAAGGAGUUUGAUCCCAUUGAAACACUACUGGCCUAUCAGCUCUAACCGCAAGUGUUCUUCUAUCAAGUUUGCUGUUGAUUGGGGUAAUAUCCAUCAUCAAAAGGCAAUGGACAUUGGAAAGGCAGCAAGCAAGUUCAUUGAAGAAGAGCUGAAAAUGGAGUACAUUUACGACUACAUGUUUCAUCUCUUAAACCAAUAUUCCAAGCUCUUAACGUUCAAACCGACUGUGCCGCCGAAUGCGACGGAGCUCUCGUCGGAAUCCAUGACUUCGGCCGCAACAGGGUCGAUCAGAAAAUCGAUGACGGAGUCGGCGGUGACGAGCCCUGCAGAUUCUGAACCCUGCGCCCUACAGCCGCCGUACGAUCCCCAAUCUCUUCAACUUUUGUUUAGAAGCAGAGAAGAUUCUAUUAAACAAGUGGAAAAAUGGGAGAGAAGUUUCUCACGAAAUGGUCAAAUUGUGCAACGAUGAAUGAUAAAUUUCUUGUGAAUGUUACUUUCUUAAUUAUUUUUUUUAUAUUUUUGGCCUUUUUGCAAUAAUUUUGUU